GGAUACUAUGCAAAGAUGUUCGGCUCUGUCCGAACAUCUAUAGAAAAUAAAUUUCCGCCGCGCACGCGCUUGAGUCAGUCAAAGAAGAUGGCAGACAUUUCUUUGGACGAAGUGAUACGCCGACGCGGUUUAAACAAUAAAGCAACGAUUAAAAGGCCUAUGUUUGGUAGGGGCGCAGGAGGGGUCGGGAGGACCUUUGAUGCGCGACAGAAAAUUGGGAUGACUGAUGUUAGGCAGAGACUUGGUGGUGGAGGAACAGCUUUUCAAGUGAAGGAUGCUAGAGAGAAACUUGUCCAGAAGGACGCCCGCUUCCGAAUCCGUGGCAGAGGAGCAGGCGGGGUCCAGGAUGCCCGACAGAUGAUCAACUCGAGAAAAGAAGGACAGAGUCCAUUUAAUGUUACCCCACAGAGCUUACAGCAGAAGCCAGAGGCACAGAUACAGGCACACAUGCAGCAGAUUCAGAUACACACUACCAAUGACAUUGCCAGUGCAAAUGCCAGGCAGUUCACCCCAAACCUACAAGGACAGAACAAUCGAUCUGGGAUUGCGCCCCCCGCCCCUAACAGAAUGAUGGAUGCGCGUGACAGGCUGAGUCUUAAGAGGAGCUUUGGGACUCCCCCAAGCCAAGGAAUGGUAGCCCCCAUGAAGAUCACCAAAACCAUCCAGCAAAAGCCAGUAGGGAUGUCAAGUGGGAUCCGUAUGCAUGUACCAAGCAGGAGUGCCCAGUCGUUCUCAGGUGAUGUUGUUAUGCCCAGCAAGCCAAUAAAGACCACUACAAGCAACAAUAUGCUGCAGUCACGGCCUGGCACCAUGGGCUCGCCUUUCUCAAUGUCAGCCCCCAUCACUAAAGUAGUGAAAAACGAUGCGUACACUGCCCCUCGUCCCCCGGUGCCCGUUGCCCCCACCAGGCCCAGUCCCGGUGCGGGGGCUUCUCGCUCCUCCGCUCCCCCCUUACAGCCUGUGUCCAGGACCCUGCAGCAGGCGGGGCCUGCGUCGGAGCCCAGCCCCCAGCCUCCUCCGCCCCCGCAGCCCGCCUUUAGUCCUCUGGAGGGUACUAAGAUAACCGUGAAUAAUCUUCACCCGCGUGUCACUGAGGAGGACAUAGUGGAGCUGUUCUGUGUGUGCGGUGCCCUGAAGCGAGCGAGGCUGGUGAAGGUGGGGGUUGCUGAGGUGGUGUUUGUGAGGAAGGAGGACGCUGUGAGCGCCUACAGGAAGUACAACAACCGCUGUUUGGACGGCCAGCCAAUGAAGUGCAAUCUUCACAUGCAGGGGAGUGUCAUUACUUCCGACCAGCCCAUUCUUUUGAGGCUCAGUGACACUCCUGGCAGUGGAAGGAAAGAAGGCCUUCCCCACUCAUUGUCUCGUCCUGGGGGUCGGCCAGCCUCCUCUCAGCCCACUCCUGAGGUGGAUCCCCAGACUAUCCUCAAGGCCCUGUUUAAAUCUACCGCCCAAAACCCCUCUACAACUGAGUCCCCCGGUUCACAGUCCACUGCCUUCCGCAUCAAGAUAUAACUUUAUUUUUAAUUAUUUUCAACCUCCUGUUUGAUAGGAGGUUGAUCAACUGACAUGCUAAAAAAAAAAAAAGUGAUACUGUAUAUACAUUUCCCAGGUCGUUGUCAUGUUACAAAACAUUAACACACUGUACAUCAUUUGUAGCUGUGGCAUACAUGGAUUUGUCGCAACAGAAAACGGAGUCUCAUUUCUCCAUUUAUUCUUUUUAUUAAUUUUGGAAUGGGGGAAAAAAAUGUGAGCUGGGUAUAUUUUGGUAUUACGUAACAUGGUUCACUUUGAUAAAUGUCCAAAUAGUUCACAUUGAUCACCAUUCCUCUGAGAAAGUUAGUUUUUCUUCUGAAUUUCCCCCCCGCAAACCGAUUCUAUGGGAUUUAUGCAAACCGUAGUCAUAAUUUGAACCACUAGCAAAUGUGGUUAAGUAAUAAGGUGUUUAAUUUUAGCAAAAUGACUUACACAUGCUCAAAUUCCAUUGUUAUAUUUGAUCCGACAUUCUUUUUCCCCACAUUCAAAUUCAGUGCUUAUUUGUGGCUGUUAUUUUACUGUUUAUUCAUUUUGAGCGGCUUAGAGAUGUGAAGUUAGUUCAUCAAUUUAUGUUAAAUUUUCUGUAAAUGACUUUCUACAGCUGCCUCAUCUAUAAAGCUGUAGUUGUGAGGUCAGAUGUAUGUACAUGUGAAUUUCUGCCAAUAAAUGUUGCUUUGUAAAGAAAUGA